AAAUUUUACUCUCUUUAUUUCUGAAGCUAGGCGAGAGUUGAAUUGAAAUGUUUCUGGUAAACAAUUAUUACUAAUUUGGGUUUAAAAGUAAUUUCAUCAUUUUUGAUUAUUUUUGAUGGGUCAUCACUGUCAUCACUCUCAUCUGCUUUGUCAAAUUAACUAUGAUUUCGAAGAUGAUGCAAACAAAUUCAAAUGGAAUAAUCUAUUUGUUAACAGUUUAAAGGAGAUUUUAUUCUCGGUACAUCCUGAAUUGGAUGCUGCAGAUGAAGCCUUAUACUUCAUUGAAUCAUUAAUAUUUAAGCUUUUACGGCUGUUAAUCAGUAAUAGUCCACGGAAUGUGCAAGAGUUGGAAGAAAAUGUACUGAAAUUGUUUCCUUCUCCUAUCGAGAAAUGGGCCACUAGCAAGGCGCAAAAUGUUCUCCAGGAAUGCUAUGAUGUGCAAUGCAAUUCUAAUUCAACGUCUUCAUCAUCCACCAUAAGUGGAGGUAAAAAGAAAAAAUUACUUCUGGUCAACAUACCCAACAACAACAACAAUAGCAUAAAUAAUAAUCGUGAUCCUUUAGGUAAUUGUCCUUUGAAGACAAAACACAGCAUUGAGAAGAUGCAUGAUCUCCUUUCAAAGGAAGUCUUCCCUUAUCGCAUUGAGAUGCCACUGACCAUUUACCUUUGCAGUCUGGUCGAAUACAUUGCUGCUGAUGUUCUCAAAUUAGCAGGCAAUUAUGUUAAAAAUAUACGUCAUAGUUUUAUUAAUGCACAGGAUGUCAAGAUAGCCAUAAAUGCAGAUAAAGUUCUGAUCGAUUUGCUCUAUGGCGAAGAGGAUGAUUAUGAGAGCAAAGAAAUGUCAAACUUGGGAAUCAUCUGGGAAGAAAGUACAGAAGAUGGUACUGAUGAUGAAGGUAUUUCCUAUGAUAUAGUGGCUAAAGAACUGAUUCAUGAAGAGAAACAAUUUUUGCGUGAUCUGAACUUAAUCAUCAAAGUUUUCCGUGAACCUUUUAUAAAACUGUUACAAAACUCACCUUCCUCAUUGCCAAACACUCCAACCUCACCCACAAGUCAAGAGGAUAAGCCAUUAAUUAGUGAGAAAGACAUUGAUGAUAUUUUUUCUAAUAUCAUCGACAUCUACGAGUUCAGUGUCAAUUUUCUCGGACUUGUUGAAGAUGCUAUGGAAAUGAACGGUGGAGAUAACUCUGAAACCAUUGGAAUCGGAAUGUGUUUUGAAGAGAUGGCCGAAAAUGUUGAAUUUGAAGUAUUUGAAAAAUAUACCCUUGAUAUGCUUCGACAAGACGAAAGUUCACCUGAAACUGUACCAAAAGCUAGACUUGUUACCUUGCUAAAACAACAACCAAUAAUUAAUGUUCUGGAUACUGCUGGGCAUAAGUUUAUUCUUUCUGCCAAGUAUAUUUUACCAAAAUUAUUGUUGUGCCCUGUUAUCCAUUGUAUUCACUAUUUUGAUUACAUGAAGUUACUGAUGAGCCUUGCAACGACAGAAGCAGACAAAGAGAGCUUCAAACAAACUGAGGGAUGUCUAACUCCAAUGCAGAAACAAAUCAACGAAGCAACUCGUAAUCGUAACUUGAAGAUUUACGAAGGUUACUUACGCCUCAAUCGAAGUAAUCAGCGGAGUAAAAACAAAAGAAAUAUGUUGAACAAAAAGAUUUUGGAACUCAAGAGAUGUAUUGAUGGGUUUGAUUUUUCUAGUCUUGGCUAUGACUGCAAUGAGUUUAUUAUCGAUGGAUAUCUUCAAAAAGUGCGUAAAAAUGAAAGAAAAACCCUUGGACGUCAUGAAAGUAAACUUUUCUUCAGUGAACGAUUUUGUUUUCUGUUUGACUCUGUUUUAUUGGCAUGUAAACCAAUUGCCAAGGAAAAUCAAGAUUCAGUUCAACGUUACCGACUGAAGGAGAAAUUUUUCAUCUGCAAGAUUGAAAUAGUCGAAUCUGAUCUUGAUCAAUGUGCAUUUGAAAUAGUUUCUUCCGCUAAAUCACACAAUUUUGACUCCAACCGAGGUAGUAUUAUCUUUUUGGCCAAGAGUAUGGAAGAAAAGGAUAUCUGGGUAUCAAAUUUAUUACUUCUUUCACGUAAAACUAUUCUGGAACGUACUUUAGACUCAAUAUUAGCAGAAGAAGAUAAGAAGAAUCCUUUACGACUUCCAUCACCAAAAGACUAUAUAUUUGCAGAAAAAGAUACCGACAAUAAUAUUAUUUUCGAGACAAGUUGUAACAACAAAAUGUCAAUUAAGGGUGCGACACUUAACAAGCUUAUCGAAAGGCUAACUUAUCAUCAACCAACAGAUACCAUGUUUGGCAAAACUUUCCUAACCACCUAUCGUUCAUUUUGCUCACCACAACAAUUAUUAUCACUUUUGAUUCAAAGGUUUGACAUUCCUUUGGAUGUGAUGGAUCGUGAAGGCUGGUCUCGUAAUGAGGUGAAAAAAUUUAAAAAAGAGUAUCUUGAGCCAGUUCAAUUUCGUGUAAUCAAUGUCAUUAAACAAUGGAUUGAUGCUCACUUUUAUGAUUUCGAGCGAGAUGAUCAACUACUUGAAUCGUUAAGAAUUUUCCUCAAAGAAAAAGUGUCCAAGGAAAAAAGUAAUGUGGUCAAAUGGGUCCAAACAUUGUCCAAUAUGAUCUCAAGAAAACAGCAAAAGCAAUCCAACAAAAAUUCCGAAAACAAAAUCUUAUCUGAAGUACCUCCGCCUAUCGAAUAUUUGCCACCCAAUGGUAAAGAGAAUUGUGACUUUGAACUGAGCAUUAUGACUAUUCAUCCAUUGGAAUUUGCCAGGCAAUUGACUUUGUACGAGUUUGAUCUUUAUUGUGCUGUCCAACCGUCCGAGUUGAUAGGCCUGAAAUGGAUAAAAGAGGGUAAAGAAAUUAAUAGUGCUAAUCUGCUUAAAAUUAGCAGACAUUCCAACAAUUUCACUUAUUGGUUGGAGAGAGAAAUCGUUGAAACGGUCAACUUUGAAGAAAGAGUUGCCCUAAUGAGCCGAAUUAUUGAUAUUAUGCAAGUACUUUCAGAUCUGAACAAUUUUAGUGGAAUCAUCGAAAUAAUGUCAGCUUUGGAAUCUGCUCAUGUUCAUCGAUUGGAACAUACCUUGAAUGCUCUCCAUCCUAAGCAUAAAAAAUUGAUUGAUGAAAUGAGAGACUUGAGUACUGACCAUUACAAAAAGUAUUGUGAACGCCUGAGAUCAAUUAAUCCUCCAUGUGUUCCAUUUUUUGGUUUAUACCAAACCCAAAUAUUGCAUUUUGAAGAAGGCAAUAGUGAUUAUAUUGAUGAGAAAAAAGGUUUGAUUAAUUUUAGCAAACGAAGAAAAAUUGCUGAGAUUACUGCAGAAAUUCAAGGUUAUCAAAACCAACCAUACUGUCUUCUAGUGUGUCCAGAAAUUCGUGAAUUCUUAGAAAGUCUUAAUCCUAUCGAGGAGGGAAAAAGUGAAAAGGAUUUUAAUGAUUAUUUAUACGAACAGUCUCUUUUAAUUGAACCCAGAGGAUCCAAACAGCCAACCAAAGGUGCAAAAAGAUGGCCACGCAUUCAAAAUCUCAAGUCACCUGGUAUUAAACCUUCUUCAGUGUCUCAGAAUGCACCUCAUCCAACAUCAUUACCCACAUCAACAUUUAUGGCCAAUCAUCCACAGAGUACAUCAUCUUCUAAUCCAACUUCACCAACUCUAAUUUCACCCAAAACUCCGCCAUCAACAACUUCUGAUACCUCUGUUUUCGCCAAUGUGAUCAUCGGCAAUUUGCCAACUCCUGCACCAACACCUCCGCCAAUCAUUUCUGCAUCAACAAUAACACCACCGCCAAUACCACCGAGAACUCGAAAUUUCCACCAAAGGACUAACUCUGAGUCAUCGGUUACAAGUGCAACUGUUUCACCAACAACAACAACUCCUUUAACACCAUUCUCAUUUAAUUUUGCAUUAGCCAAUCCACCACCGCCACCACCACCUCCUCCUCCACCGCCCAGAGUGCCAAGGCCAAAUACCAUUCUACAACCACAAUCACAACCUCAUUUGUCAUCAAAUUCACUUUCAUCUCCUUCAUCUGAUCAUCAAGCUCCACCACCACUUCCACCAAGGGGUAUCACAUCAUCAUUAUCUUCAUCAAAUUUUGGUCGAACAACUCUUCCAAGGAGAAAUUCAACUGACACACAACCUCAUGACAAUGUUUCCAAUCCAUUUCAUCGUAGAAACUCUUCCUCUUCAUCUACUCAUCCACAUGCUCAACCUCAAUUGCCUCCCAAAACUUAUAGAGCCAAAAGAUGAUUUUUAUCAACUUAAAUCGUGUAAUCAUGUCUAUUAAUUCCUUGAUCAGUAUAUUGUCAAUCUUAAUUAUUGUAAGUAUACAGAUAUUGUAGUAUCAAUUUGAAGAUUUCAUUUGGUCAAUAAAAAGAUUCAUUAACACAAGCAAGGAAACAAGAGAACAACGACUAUGGUGGAAACAAUGAUGAUUGAACCCAACUUUGAUCAAUAUGAUCUUUACUAGUGAUUGUAUUAAAGUGUAUAAAACAAAACAAAUCAGACAAAAAAAACCUGAAAUAAACAUCCAAAAUUAUGUUAUUAUAAAUUCUAAAUGUAUAUAUAUUUACUUAUAUUAUCUCCAAUAAUAAGCAUAUAAAACAAACUCU